CCCUCGCAGCCUCCCCGCCCGUGCUGUCGGUGCUGUCGGUGCUGCUCCCGCCGCCCCAGCCUGCCCGCACUCGGGACCGUGCCCUGGCUCCUCCUCCAGCCGCCCCGUGACGGUCCCAGGGGUGACAUUACCUGCCCAACCUGCUGCGACACCCGGUCCCACCCCUCGAGCCGAGCGGCCGCGCCGUCGCCAGCUCGGCCUCUGUCGCCCCGCCGUCCCGGAGCCUCCGCUCCCCGGAGCCCCCUCGCUCCCCGGCCGAGAGGAGCCUUUGCUCGCUCCGUUCCGUCCCUCGGCGCCUCCGGGAGCCCAGCCCCGCGGGCUGCUCGGGGCUUGGCAGCGGGAAGAGGAAAACCGGGGCGGCCCUGCAGGGCAGGCGGCCGGGGCGACAUGGGCAGCGCCGAGGAGGACUACAACUUUGUCUUCAAGGUUGUGCUGAUCGGGGAGUCUGGGGUGGGGAAAACAAACCUGCUCUCUCGCUUUACCCGCAACGAGUUCAACCACGACAGCCGCACCACCAUCGGCGUGGAGUUCUCCACGCGCACCAUCCUGGUGGGAGACGCCGCGGUCAAGGCUCAGAUCUGGGACACGGCCGGGCUGGAGCGCUACCGCGCCAUCACCUCCGCGUACUACCGGGGGGCUGUGGGUGCCCUGGUCGUGUUUGAUAUCACCAAGCACCAGACGUACGACGUGGUGGACCGCUGGCUGAAGGAGCUCUACGACCAUGCCGAGGCCAGCAUCGUUGUCAUGCUGGUGGGCAACAAGACCGACCUUGCACAGGCUCGAGAGGUGCCCAUGGAGGAGGCAAAAAUGUUUGCAGACAACAACGGGCUGCUGUUUGUUGAGACGUCAGCACUGGACUCCAGCAAUGUUGAGGAAGCAUUCGAGACCAUCCUGAAGGAAAUCUUCCACAAAGUGCAGAAGCAGAAGCAGAGGAGCGGCCAAAGCAACACGGUGUCACUCGCAAGUGAGAGCCCUGCGAGCACGGCCCCAGCGCAGGCAGAGAGGCGCCCGUGCUGCGUGGCCCUCUGAGCACCCCAGGAAGUCCCCAGGGAACCCCACAACCUCGGGACACACCAGUGGCCACCAACACAACCUGGUGUCACCCUGCCUGCAGUGCCACCCCUGUCCUGGUGCAGUGGGGAGCAGCAGCCUGGACGGGGGCCAAAUUCUGCCAUAAACAGUGAGAAGCCCCA